AUGGCGAUGAUCAACGAAUCUAUGGGAAGAAACUUGCCAGACUAUGCUGCUGGAGCGAAAAAAGUCCAAUUUAGUCCGUACGCCGACAACGGAGGGAGUGUAGUAGCCAUCGCCGGACCAGGGUAUGCUAUUAUUGCCAGCGAGACACGUCUCAGCUCCGGGUACAGUAUUUACACCAGGAACCAAGAAAAGCUGUUCACCCUCUCCGAUAGGACUGUCUUGGGAUGUUCCGGGUGCUGGUGCGACAUUUUGACAUUUACGCGAAUCCUCGCUGCUCGCAUGCAGAUGUACAAACAUGAACAUCUCAAAGAAAUGUCAACCCCAGCUGCAGCCCAGAUGAUGUCCACGAUGUUGUACUACAAGAGAUUCUUCCCGUACUACAUCAGCAACAUCCUCGCAGGCUUGGACGAAAAUGGAGAGGGCUGCAUCUUCAGCUACGACCCGAUUGGUCACUGCGAGAGGAAUAUGUACCGAGCUGGUGGCUCUUCUGGUGCCUUGUUACAGCCUCUUCUUGAUAACCAGGUUGGACAUAAAAACCAGGAAGGCGUUCAAAAGGAACCACUGAGUAAAGAACGUGCUCUGAGCAUCAUCAAGGAUGUCUUUAUAUCAGCAGCUGAGCGAGACAUUUUAACCGGUGAUGGAAUCACUAUUAAAAUAAUUACUAAAGAUGGAAUCGAAGAUGAUUACUGUAGCUUGAGAAAAGAUUAA